AUGAAGGCCGCUCCGAUUCUUGCAUUUUUGUACCUCGCUCCUCUGAGUGUUUCAGCCUGGAUGUGCAGCUGUUACAAGAAGAGCGUCCCCGAUCUGCACGCUGCCUAUCACUUCUGCCAGCCCGGCUCUGGCCAUAAAUACUGCGUGAACAAGACGACCAACGUCCAGGCGUGUAUUAUGGGCACGCCCAUCACCCAAGCGAACUGCGCCUCGAGCUACGGUAGUGAUUGGGUUGCGGAAUGUGAACACUAUACUGGCGGGUGCCCUCCUGGUAUGACUGAGCAGUGA